AUCACUUUAAAAACAGACAGAAACUAACAAAUUGAUAAUCAAAGUGACAAUCAGUGGAAGUGAUUACUACACCAAUUGAAGACUUGGAAAGACAAUUGAUUUGGUUGUCCACACAAUAACUAUAAGAUAUAUCUGAUUGGUAUUUGAUGUCAAGUUUUUUCUUCGUCUGCAAAAUUGGGAUUUCGGCCGACAAAACAUAUAUUGUGUCUUAAAAAAAGAGUUGAUUGACGACAACAUCUUCGCCGAAGAAACAGACAUGACGUCCUCGGAAGCAUUAGUGGUGACCGAACACAUUGAUUGGGCCAACUCGCUGGACGACGACGAACUGAUGGCUGAUUACGAUAAUGACGACAAUAAUAGCACACAAACCAAGAUUGUCUAUAAGACUAUGACAACAACAACAACAGAAAAUGCGGCCACAAAUGACCGGCAGAUUAGCGACGAAGAACUCUAUUCGCUGUAUCAGUCGUUUGACAUCAAUUUCGACGAAGUGACCAAAAAGUAUACGAAUUGGCGUUUGGAUGUCAUUCAUAUUCGUGGUGUACAAGACAUGAGUUCCGAGGAUGUACUCAAAUAUUUCGACGACUUUGAUCCCAAUUCUAUUGAAUGGGUUAAUGAUUUGUCGUGUAAUAUACUCUUUGGCGACCGUAAAGCAGCUGCCAUUGCGAUGACAACGUUGACCACAUCGUUGAUAUUGAAGACCAGCGGCGAAGUCUUAGACUAUGAUAUUGGUAUUGAAGUUAUUGAUGCAAAGUCGCUAUCAGUUCCCGUACCUCCUGGACAUCGAUGGCGAUUAGGUGUAACUCAUUCUAACUCUAAGGCACUUUUAUUGAGAUUUGCCACCAAUUCUGAUAGAAAGGUUCGCGGAUCUCGCGGUAUAAGUGAAUAUUAUGUUAAAUAUGGUUUACCACUGAGUGAUGAUAUCAAAGUGGCUACAAAUGCGAAAAAACGACGAUUUAUUAGACAUCAAGAAGCAGAAGUAGAAGAAGGAGAAGAUACUGAAGAAAUAGUAGAAGAAUUAGAUUCCGAGUUUGAAAUGAAAUCCAAACGUCUGCGGCUUCGGAUGAGAGCCGAUGAAGAGGAACAGCAGUCCGUUAGGAACAGACUGUCACUUAAGAACAAGAGAUUUAAUAUUAAUCGUGAUAAUGAUGUUCAUCAACAACAACAAGAAAGAAAGUCUAUUUGGGAACGACUAGGCUUGGGAUCAGUCAAUGAUGUCGUCAAUGAAGACAUUAAGAACAAUGACGACGACGACGCAGUGUUGCAAAUAUCAGUCGACAACAGAACCAAUUCGAGAACCAUUUGGAAGGAUAGACCGAUGCGGUCGACAAUAUCUGUGGUCAACAAACAACAAACAAAGAAUGUCUUGUAUGACAAAAAUGAUUUGCGAACUAAAAUCACAAAAACAAAAUCGUUUUGAAUUAACAAAAAAAAAUAGUUAUACUUACCGUAUAUUUAAUGAUUAAAGUAAUGUUUUUAUAAAUUUUAAACAUUUGUGUC